GCAGCCCGCAGCACGUGGGGGGAAAGGGCGGUGCGCGCUCGCCUUCCGCUCGGGCGAAGAGCGGGAGCUACUGGGGCCGAGGUCUCCCGCGUGGCGCCCUCGCGACAUGCCGGAGGAGGCGCGCUUCCCUGCGGCCAAGAGAUUCCGACGCGGCUCAGGACCUCCGAGCCGUGUCGGGUCCUGCCCUCCUGGGAGGCGAGUAGUUAUGCUGCUGACAGCGGGCAGUGGCGGUAGAGGCGGCGGCGGCAGAGGAGGAGGAGAAGGAGGAGGUCGAAGGCAGCCGCCCCUGGCCCAGCCUUCAGCCAGUCCCUACCGCGAGGCCCUGGAGCUGCAGCGCCGGAGUCUGCCCAUCUUCCAGGCGCGGGGACAGCUGCUGGCCCAGCUUCGAAACCUGGACAGUGCUGUCCUCAUCGGGGAAACUGGCUCUGGGAAGACGACUCAGCUCCCUCAGUACCUCUAUGAAGUGGGUAUUGGCCGCCAGGGCAUCAUUGCUGUGACCCAGCCCCGUCGAGUGGCUGCCAUUUCUCUUGCUACUAGAGUCUCAGAUGAGAAGAGAACUGAACUUGGGAAGCUGGUUGGCUAUACAGUGCGCUUUGAGGAUGUCACCUCCGAAGACACCAGGAUCAAAUUCCUAACAGAUGGCAUGCUUCUGCGUGAAGCAAUUUCAGAUUCCCUGCUUCGGAAGUACAGCUGUGUCAUUUUGGAUGAAGCCCAUGAAAGGACUAUCCACACAGAUGUGCUCUUUGGAGUGGUGAAAGCGGCACAGAAGAGGCGAAAGGAGCUGGGGAAACUGCCUCUGAAAGUGGUUGUGAUGUCAGCUACCAUGGAUGUGGAUCUGUUUUCUCAGUAUUUCAAUGGAGCACCUGUCCUCUACCUGGAGGGUCGGCAGCAUCCAAUCCAGAUUUUUUAUACCAAACAGCCUCAGCAUGAUUACCUGCAUGCCGCUCUUGUCUCAGUCUUCCAGAUACACCAGGAAGCCCCUUCUUCUCAGGACAUCUUGGUGUUCCUCACUGGUCAGGAGGAGAUUGAAGCAAUGAGCAAAACCUGCCGAGACAUUGCAAAGCACCUCCCAGACGGCUGCCCUGGGAUGCUAGUCCUUCCUCUGUAUGCCUCCCUGCCCUACACACAGCAACUCCGAGUCUUCCAAGGGGCCCCAAAGGGCUAUCGCAAAGUGAUCAUUUCAACCAACAUCGCUGAAACCUCCAUAACCAUUUCAGGAAUAAAAUAUGUAGUUGACACGGGCAUGGUUAAAGCAAAGAAGUAUAACCCUGACAGUGGUCUUGAGGUGUUAGCUGUGCAGCGGGUGUCAAAGACCCAGGCCUGGCAGCGCACAGGGAGGGCUGGCAGAGAGGACAGUGGCGUCUGUUACCGGCUCUACACUGAGGAGGAGUUUGAGAAGUUCGAUAAGAUGACUGUGCCAGAGAUCCAAAGGUGUAACCUUUCAAAUGUGAUGCUGCAGCUCCUGGCAAUGAAAGUUCCAAACGUGCUCACCUUUGACUUCAUGUCCAAACCAUCUCCAGAUCACAUUCAGGCGGCCAUUGCCCAGCUGGACCUGUUAGGUGCUCUUGAACAUAAGGAUGACCAGCUUACCCUGACUCCAAUUGGAAGAAAGAUGGCAGCAUUUCCUUUAGAGCCCAAAUUUGCCAAAACCAUCCUCCUGUCUCCCAAAUUCCACUGCACAGAGGAGAUUCUGACUAUCGUUUCCCUACUGUCCGUGGAUAGUGUUCUCUACAGCCCUCCUGCCCGGCGGGAUGAAGUACAGGGUGUCCGGAAGAAGUUCAUUUCUAGUGAGGGGGAUCACAUUACCCUGCUCAAUAUCUAUCGGGCCUUCAAAAACAUAGGUGGAAACAAGGACUGGUGCAAAGAAAACUUCGUCAACAGCAAGAAUAUGAUGCUAGUAGCUGAAGUCAGAGCACAGCUGAGGGAAAUCUGCUUAAAGAUGUCAAUGCCAAUUUUGUCAUCGCGAGGAGACGUGGACAGCAUCCGCCGCUGCCUGGCUCAUAGCCUCUUCAUGAGCACUGCUGAGCUGCAGCCCGAUGGUACCUAUGCCACUACGGACACCCACCAGCCAGUAGCCAUCCAUCCGUCAUCUGUCCUCUUCCACUGCAAGCCAGCCUGCGUUGUGUACACUGAGCUGCUCUACACCAAUAAGUGCUACAUGCGGGACCUCUGCGUGGUGGACGCUGAGUGGCUGUAUGAGGCUGCCCCAGAGUACUUCCGGAGGAAGCUAAGAACCGCCAGAAGCUGAGCCACCUCAGGGAGCUGCCAGAUGGCUGGUGCCUGGGGCUUGACUGCCAGGUCAGCAUCUAGAGAAGCUACAAGUGUCCCUGCAGCUGAAUGUGGUGACGUCCAGGAGCUUGAAAACAUCUUUACUUAAACUCCUCAGACUGAACUGUGUAGAUGUGUACAUAUUAUUUAUACCUUGGAAACUUUAGAGUUGUGCUUUUGGUUCUUACUGGGUGACUUUGAGUAACUUAGUUAAUUUCUGAGCCUCCUUUUUCUCAUCUGCCAAAUAGGGGGUAACUGUAGCAUUGGGAGUCUAAAGAAAAUGAAUGGCCAGUAAUCAGCUUUGCCUGGCGUAGGACAGAUAGAAGGUGAAUUGUGAGUCAUGUGUAAUGUCAUUGUUUUCUAGGUAAUAAUGUGGAUGAAGUACUACCAUGAUCUCCUGAGUUCAUAUGACUAAAGGAGAUUUUCUAGAAGGGACCAUAGAAAGUUUCAGAACUUAAAUGUUGCUCUUGAUUCUACUUUACUCUUUUUUUGUGGUGGUGGUGCUGGGAUUGAACCCAGGAUCUUGUGUGUCUGGCAGGUGCUCCUCCACUGUGCCACACCCCUAGCCCCUCGAUUCUAUUUUAAUGUCUACCUGUAUGAAGCUUUAAAAUAGAAAACAUGAGACAUUAACUUGUAGACAUUUCAGGAGGGAGGUGCUGUUGUCUCGCCCCUGGUAUGUCCUCUCCUAUUGAACCUCAUGUGUAGGCUGUGGACAGCUGUUUGUCUCCAAGCAGAGACCAGUAAAGGAGUCUCUUGGUCCUUGGUGCCUCUAUUGUGCAAGAUUCCAUCAAUGCUUUCAGAAAUGUAGUUUCCUGGGUUAAGGUUGAUUUGUACCUUCUGAAUCAUAUCAGGUACAGACCUGGGAAACCGUCCUUUCCACAUGAUGGCCUCCUCCAAAACCAGUUGUCAUUUUUUCUUUAACUGGGCACUGAGGAACAAAUGUGCAUGUGGGGUGAUUUCAUGCUUUUGUGAUUUCCGCUGUCUCCCUUUGGGCAGGGCUACUGGCAAGAGCUGAUGAUGGAGAGAGGAAAGAGAUGAUGAUCAGUGAAAAUUCAAGAGCACUGGCUCAUCUCUUCCCCGACAGCUUGUCUCCACCCCACCUCCCUGUACCAGGGAUGGAAAUCAGGACUUGGUGCUUGCCAGGUGGGCACAGCACCACUGAGCUAAAUCUUGCCACCAUUAAACUUUAUCCUGGCUCUUACUAAUUUUCUAGUCUUUUCGCCUCCAUAGAUCCUCAGGGACAGUUUGGAUUUACUAUUUCCUAACUACGCCAGGCACUUCUGAUUCUUCUUUUUUGCUUUUUGUGGUACUGGGGAUCAAACUCAGGACCUUGCACAUGCAAGGCAGGCAGUGGAAGCACUAAGCUAAAUCCCCAGCCCUCCUAUUGCCUCUUUCUGUUGGGAAAAUACACUAAAGGUUCUUCUUAGUUAGUUAGUUAUCAAAAGUAAACAGUCUUUCCUCAGAGUGUUAGGAUUAGAUGAAGUAAGAUUUAGCCCUAUUAUUAUGCUUAUUUUGUGUAGUUAUAAAUGAAGUCAGGGAUGGUGGAACAUGCCUGUAAUCCCUGUACUCCAAAUGCUGUGGCAGGACUGUGAGUUCAAAUCUAGUUUGAAUUUCAUAGUGAGACUGUUUUAAAAAAAACAUGGAAACUGGUUGUGGUGACACACCUAUAAUCCCAGCAUUCUAAAGGGUAAGGCGGGAAGAUCACCAUGAGUUCUAGGCCAGCCUGGACUACUUAGUGGGUUCCAGGCCAGAAUGAGCCACAUAGUUAGGCUGUCUCAAAAAAAGAAAAAGAAAAAGAAAAAAAAUACAAUGGUUGGUCUUGAUGGUCUUCAUUUAGGGUCCAGCAAGUUCUUUAGAAAUCAUAACCUGAUGUGCACCUCCAUGGUGGGUCUCAUCAGCCUAGUUUUGUAAGUCUGAGUCAGUCUUCAUAAGCACCAGGUCUUGAGCAGCUACAUUUUUUGCCAGCGUUUAGAGUUGUCUGGUCACUUAUGAUUUAUUUCUGUUAGAAAUGAUUACAACUAGGCCAAAUGGAUGUGACAGAUCCUGUAUACCUUAUCAUAUGGAAUUAUUUAACUGGUUCUUCACAGGUCAGUUCAUUCUUUACCAUUGCUGUCUGAAAAGUUCUCCAGAAAGGUGCUCCCCCUUUGGGUAUUUUUCUCAUUCAUAGUAGGAGGCGAAGAUAUGUGGCCUGACUCGGUAAAAUAAAAUUUUGUAUUUUUAAUAGAACAUUCAUCAUCCUGAUUAAAAAAAAUGGGAGUUGACAAUCUGUUCCUCAGUAGUUAGUAAGUUUCCUCAUAUGUUCCUCAACAAAUUAGCUAAAGGUGUUCUCUAGGUCAAGGAAAAUUUAACUUGGAGAAAUUUAUGUCCAGUUUCAAAACCUGGACAGUUUUUAGAAAUGUAUAGUCUUCUCUGAGCAGUAAAGAAGGUAAGCAGCUUCUAAGUAGCUUUAAUGUUUAUAGAAAUAUAUUUAUCACUGUAACAUUGUAGAAUUUUACUACAGUAGUUUUUUAUUGGGCUUUUUGAAAAGUUGAUUUUUAACAUAGCCUCAGGGAUUAAAUCAGAUGGGAAAACCAUUCUGACUCCACAUAUUACUACAAUGAGAUAAAUAAGUGGUUAUUUUAUUAAGCUUCAGGGGUUAGUAUAAAUUUAAACUUUCAUAUUGGAGGUUAAAUAUUUCACAGUGAUAUUGCAGUACCAUCUUGAGCUGUUCUUUUUCAGUUGGUAAAAUCUCUGAUGGUGUGAUACGUCUUUUCUGACCUCAGAAAUCUCUUAUCUGUGAAUCACCAGCUCCCAGGACUGAGUAGGUGCACCCCAGGCAGCUCUGCAUGCCUGUCCUGGGUGUCUGUCUUUAGUGCCAGUAGGUUGGAGUGUGGGACACUUGGAGUAACACUCACUUCAUUCCUGGGGGAGGCUGUGAACACCAGGGCUUUGGGGAAAAUCCUUAAGGCUGCUGCUCUGGUAGCUGAAGGGACGCCCAAAUGGCAGCAUGUUUUUGCUUUGUGUGUAAAGCUGAUUAUUUACUGUGAUGUAAAUCCAAGCAACUGAGCCACCUGAAACUGUGGCCAUGCAUCUAAGAUGUUGUUGCUUGGAUAUAUAAAUAAAUGCUGCACUUGUGGGGGAAACAAGAACUUUAUUGUACUGUAUUUGAAAAGACUUAAUUUGCAGAAAAAAAAAACGAGAAAAAAGUUGAUGUAGGUUUAUGUUGUGUUUUUGAGUGUGGUCUUAAUUCAGGCAUAACUAAACAUCAGCUCUUGUAUUUAAUGGUGAAAUUUGCACUCGACUAUCAAAUCCAUAAAAAUGAA